AAGCCGCGCCCCUUCCUCGUCGCUCCCUCGCAUCAAACCAACAUGGCGACGAUGGGACGAAACAGGAAGAAGAGUCGCCCUCUCUGCCUAUUUGUUGUCUUCCACCACCUUUUGCUACUUGGUGGCGUCUUGUCAGCUCCAACUAAUGGCAUCUCGGAUGGUGGGGCCAUCCAGGACGGAAAGGUAGACUUGCCACAGACUCCUCUCCAGACCACAGGUAGCCAAAACAACACUCAGACGGAACCAAAAGUGUUGAUGCAAGACACAACACAUCUCAAGCUUCCCAACGCUACCUCCGUCCAAACCGAGCCCAAGAUCAACCCCGUCCCAAACGAGGCCAAGAGCAACCCCAUCCAAAUCGAGGCCCCCAAGAUUAACGCUGUCAAGACCGAGGUCCCCAAGAUCCAGCCGGUCCAAACUGAGGCCCCGAAGAUCCAGCCGGUCCAAACUGAGGCCCCGGAGAUCAAGCCGGUCCAAACUGAGGCCCCGAAGAGCAAGCCGGUCCAACCCGACGUCCCCAAAGUAGACCAGCCGCAGGCAAGUCCAAACCAGGCUGUGCAAGAAGACGACAGAUCUGCGGUGCUCAUCGCUUCGUCAGACACGGAUGACAAACCGACCCCCGACGAGACAAAAGGGAAUGGCGCGACCCCCGACGGGACAAAAGGGAAUGGCGCGACCCCCGACGGGACAAAAGGGAAUGUCGCGCUUCCGGUGCUGAGCAUCACAGAGUCACCUGCGAUGUCCAAAACUUCACAAGCCGACGCCCCCCAAAAAACGGAACCCACCAAACCCACAGUGGAAGAGACCACCCUCUUUGAUGUAAAAACCUCAGAGGCGCAAACCACAAACAGCCUGCAAGAAUUUGAGUCGGAUUUGCUUCAGCCCGCCGGCAAAGAGGCGGCAGCUCACCUGGACCCGGACGAUGACUACGAUGGCGAUGAAGACGACGAUCCGGACGGGUACAAUGAUGGAUUGUAUCACGUGGAUGACAACGAUGACGCCGAUAAGGACCAGGACCGGACGGAGAUCGGGGUGCAGGCGCCCGACGUCAAGGAAGACGUCAGCUACAAGCUCCCCGGCGUCUACAACACGGAGGACGAGGACUCGCAUUUCUUCUUCCACCUGGUCAUCCUGGCUUUCUUGGUGGCCAUCAUCUACAUCACCUACCACAACAAGAGGAAGAUCCUCCUGCUCGCACAGAGCCGCCGCUGGAAGGAGAGCCUGUGCUCUCGCAACACGGUCGAGUACCACCGGCUGGACCAGAAUGUCAACGAGGCCAUGCCGUCCCUCAAAAUGACACGCGACUACAUCUUUUGAGUCGCGCCGCUCGGAACUGUUCCCGCUCGAACGAUCGAUGGAUCGCCGUCGUCGGGUCGCUGCUUGCCCUCUUCCAGUCUGUCUGCAUAGCGACAUUUUGUAAUUAUCUCCCUUCCACGUUUUCUCUUUGUCGCUAAGUCAAUAUUUAUGGGAGCGCUUUUGUUUAAGCUCUAUCUGAUGAGUUUCCACUCAGUCUGGAUUUGUUACAUUGUAGCGCAACAUUCCAACACAUGACUUUGGCGCAGGCAUUACUUUUCUGUCUCUUUGACACUUCCUGCCCCCGACUGGCCCGAUGCUGCCGAUGCAGGACUCCUAGUUGGGCUCCUUUUUGUUUUAUGACUUCGGUGAAGUUCUUGUCCGUCACCCGCACGCAGUAAUUGCACUCGACUACCCGAAAUGUGCCCAGAAAUAGUCGCAGCAGAAGUCAUAUGGAUAAAGUUUGAGCCACAAGGAUGCAAAUAUUUCCACCAUUUUCCUCAUUGAUGUUGAAAUAGUUAAUAAUAAUGCUUUCUCAUUUAAAACGCCUUUUAAAGCACACAAAGAUGAAUCAAGAUGGGAAAAUCAAGCUAGACUGAAUAAAAUAAAAUAGACAGUAUGUAGCCAGGCAACCAAAAUAAAAAAUACAGUAACUCAUGAAUCACUGAGCUAUUAGAAAUUGGGUCAUCAUAUAUGUUAGUGAAAUCUAUUAAAGUCCAAUUGUUUUAUUUGGACAAAUAGCUGAUAAUUUGUUGUGUUUUGUCAACGGCGUACAAAGAUAAAACUUUCUGAAAUGGCCGCCUAUUUUGUACGCAUGUGCAGUAUGGCUUUUUGGCAGAGUUACUUCUGUAUAAGUUGUGCAACGAAAUUAUGUUUCUCCACUUUUUUAAAGAUUUGAUUUAAAAAUGUAAUUGUACCACUAACGCUUUUUAUUGGACAUAUCGGUGUGGCCUUUUUUUCUCCCUUUUUGCAAAUCACCCUUUCGCUGCCUUUUUGCGCCCAUUUUCUUUAGAAAUAUUGUUUAAAAUAUCUUAAGUUAAACAAAGGGGUGGAUAGUUAAUCGUGUGGAAGAGAAAUAGUGCUCUCGCAGUCAACUGUAGAGUCAUUUUUGUUUUGUCAAUAAAGCACAAAUGACGUCGAGAA